GAAAAUUGCACUGAUUUCCAAGUCUUGGCAAAAAAAACCCACAUGAAGUGAGGUUGCGCUUGGCCCCCUGGCCUUUCCGUUUUUUUUUUUCUUUGGAUUUCAAAAGUAUUAGUAUAUUUCGUUAGCAUCUUGUUUUAUUUACAACUUUAUUUUUUAUUUGUUUAUGAUUUUGCCAAGACUUUUUGCCAGCCAUCUAAACGCCGCCGCAUUCCGCCAUAUAUUACCAGGGGAUCCGGGCAAGAGAUUCCAAAAGCUUUGUUUAUUUUCAUCAGUAGCCGUACAAGCAACACCUGUAUCAUCAGUAGACAACACUAAUUACCAACCAAGCAACACCCCCAUUAUGAGCGCCCCACCAUCCGACCAAGCCGGCUCUUCCAACGUCAGGGAGCAGCUCCGGCAGCAGUUCCUCGCGGACAAGUCACAUCACCAGAGUAACGGUCGGUUCACCAACCCUUGGCCGUCUUUCUCUCUGCAGCCAAACACCAAGUUUUUCACCAGCCUCCUUACCACCGACAGAAACCCCUCUAGCCGAUCAAUAGCCGAAGGCCGCGCGCCCAAAGUGCUCGCGCUUAAUGACGCAAAGAUAUCCGAGCCAAGCGAUCUCCAAUUAACCUGGCUCGGCCACGCAUCGCUUCUGCUGCAAAUCAACGGAGCCACCGUUCUUUGCGAUCCGGUUUUCUCCGAGCGAUGCUCGCCUGUGCAAUGGAUGGGUCCGAAGAGGUACACUCGGGCACCAUGCCAGGUUGAUGAAUUGCCGCCGGGGAUUCUCGAGUCCUUGGGGUUCAAGGACGUGAGUAUUGGCGACUGGUGGGACGAGUUCAAGGGCGAGUUCAAGUUUGCGUGCACGCCGGCGCAGCAUAUGACAGCGCGCGGGGUAUUCGACCGCAUGGCCACGCUGUGGAGCAGCUGGGUGGUGCAAGGUCCCUCAGGCCACAGGUUUUUCUUUUCGGGCGACACGGCUUACUCGUCAACAUACGAGAACGAGUCCAAGGCCGAGUGCCCGGCAUUCAAGCAAAUCGGACAGGUUUACGGGCCGUUUAGCCUGGCAGCCAUUGCGAUUGGCGCCUACAGCCCAGAAAUCCUGUUUUCCACCAUGCAUGUUACUCCCGAGCAGGCCGUGCGUAUCCACGAGGACAUUGGGUCAAAGAAGUCUAUCGGCAUACAUUGGGGCACCUUUGUGCUGACGGCUGAGGAAGUGGACGAGCCGCCGAAGAGGCUGGCGCUGGAGAUGGAGGCCUGCGGAUAUCCCGCCGACGAGUUUACGGUGCUGAGCAUCGGCGAAACCAUCCAGCACAAGUGAAUUGACUAAUUUAAUAUAUUAUAUUAUAUUUUCAAUAUGGAUCAAUAUAUGGUAUAUGUGCAUAAAGGUA